CUCCCUCUUCCACAGCCGCACCUGACUUCAAGACGCUGCCACCGAACAAUGACACAUAUUGCACAUCUUCCAGUCGAGCUUCUGCUAUUGAUUUUCAAUAAUCUCUAUGAUCUAGAUGAUUUAAUAAGCUUUUCGAGAACAUGCACGAUAGUGCAAAACCUUUAUAGUCGGCACAAACCGAAACUUCUCUGGUCCAUAAUUCGAAACUCUGAUCAUCACAAGUACGAUGCUGCACUUUGCCGCUUGCAUGACUUGAUGCAUGGCACAGAGUGUGAUACUACACUGAAACCUCCAAUUGACCAACUUCCGAUACCACAUUGGAUGUUGGAGGAUUAUUCCAGUUUCAGGUUCGAUGGGCGGCAACAAGCCAUUGACGAGGAACGAGCAGAACAACAUCUUCAGCUAAUACUCACCUGGUGGCAACAAACAAGUCAGAUACUAUCUUGCUAUCUAAAUAAUAUCGAUAUGUAUCGCUCCACAGUGGCUUUUAUCGACGACGGAUCUCUUUCGUUGGAGCAAUCGCAGAAGUAUGCCAUGGCAUUGCAUCUCGAUCAGUGCUUCGCGGUUACCGGCAUAAUAUCGUCCUCUUCAAAUCCUGUUCGGUGCUGUAGCAUCCCGUCAAAGGCAAGACUGUAUCGAGCGGUCAUGGGCCGCUUUCUUGAUACCAAAGCGGCUCAAUUUGCUAAAUUCUGCGCUGUACCGAAGACCUCCGAAGAGCUAUUCGAUAAUGUCAAUGAGAGGUGGUCUUAUAACCCGAAUCGCACUCUGGAAGAGUCAUUGGAGGUCAUGGAGGCAUUCGAUAUUAUAUCAAACUUCAUGCUUCUCCAUAUCCUCGGUAAGCCGGACACCAUUGCGGCUUGGCUAGUCAACCUCGAUCAGAUGGGUUUCCCUGAGGAGGCAGAAAAUUUCAGACCAGACCCCCAUGGCUCAAUCCUGUGGAAUUGGAAAUAUAUUCUGAACUAUCUCCAGCCAUAUUUGACGCCAUUCGACAUUCUUUCAUUAUUUUCUACUAAGGAUGAAAUCAGCAAGGACACGCUGCUAUACCUUGCUACGCUACUCGAGCCCUCUACCGGCGAGCCUCCUGGAAUGGGCAGCGUUGAAUGUGAUCUAUCCCGUAAAUUGAAAGACGAAUUCCAGGUUGACAGUCAUCGCUGGGAAUCAUAUCGCCGCCACGCCUGGAGCAGCGCGCUCAGAGGCAGAUUGUUUUGUGAGGAUGUUAGUGUUGCGGAAAUUGCAAACAGCAUUGUGCAAACCAGGGACCAUAAGUGUGACUGGUGGCAAUUUUUGGUCCCAGGUGGGGAAGGGGCGGAUUUUCGAAUUCCAGUUCAGCGCCUAUACCUGACGGAUGAUCAGACGCGUUCGGAAAACAUUGAAGACGACGACUGUAUAGAACUAUAUACGAUUUCUGCAGAGGGCCUGUGUCAGAAACCUAAUCAAGUCGCAUGACGUAGCGGAAUGUGAAAUGAGUUGUGGAACUACGUCCGAGUAUGAUUUGAUCUUGGAAGCCGCAGGAACUAAGAUGGGGUACUUGACUUUAGGCCAGAUUUUUAACCUUCUUAUAAAAAGUAAGCCAGACUACGUCUUCUUGAAUGAUUGACGAACCUAUUCCACAAUUGUCUUCCAGAAAAUAGUUUCGGCCCAGCGUCUUCCCUUCGGAUACCCUUCAACCCCUCGAGAUUUCCCCUUGAACAGUCUACCAAGAGUAGGCAGAAUGGGAGAUAAAAAAAGAUAUAUCAGAACGAAUCCGCCCCGCAACCCUGGGCGCGACGAAGCAAAGCACCCAGUGAUACAGCUCAUGUUAUCAGCCAGUGUGUGUUAGAUAGAGGGUUCGACGAU